AUGUCAAAAGUUAUAAGAAGUUGGAAACAAAGAACGAGACUAUAUUCGGAUGAUUCUUCAUUAAGUGCAAAAUAUUUGAAUUUAGCACAGGGCUAUGAGAUAUCGCUCAGCAAGAAUUUUAAUGUUCGUAAAGAUAAAAAUAAAACAAAACACGGAUUGAGAACAGUUGAUUUGAAUGAAGCAAAGCACAAUUUGACUCGCAAAAUAUCUGAUUUACAAUGCCAUGAUAUGAAAGCAAGGAGAACUUCACAAAUAUCUUCUUCUCCCCAGUUGCAAUGUUUUGCUAAGGAAUCGCAAAGCGUAGAAUGUUUAAAUUAUCCCAAUAAUCAAAAAGCAACUUUGAAUGCUCGAAAUAUUUCCAUGAGAUUUUGUUGUGCUUAUGAGAAAAUUCUAAAAACGACUAAACAGAGUUCUUAG